CCGCGCGCCUGCUGCCUGGCUGCGGAGGGUGAGGCCGGCGCCCCGGAGGCCGCCGCCUGGCCGCGCUGCGCAUCGGGGGGCGCCCGGCAUGAGCUCGCGCCCGCGGCUGCGGCUGUGCGCCCGCGCCUGGCUGCCCGCGGCCCGCUGAGCCGAGCCGAGCGCACGGCGCACCUGGGCUGUGUCCGCGGCGCGGGGCGCGGCGCCCGGGAGCAGGUGUGCGGGGGCGCCGCGUACGGGGAGCGCGGCUGGGCGGCUGGGCGGCCCCUGGGCAGGUGGCGGGCGGCGAGCGGAGCCGGGCCGGGCGCGGCGGAGCGCAGCGCAGCGCGGGGGGCGAGGCCGGCGCGUGGCUCGCUCGCUGGCUCGCUGGCUCGCGGGAGGCCGGGCAGCAGCAGGGGCAUGUGGAUACUGGCUCUCUCCUUGUUCCAGAGCUUCGCGAAUGUUUUCAGUGAAGAGCCCCACUCCAGCCUCUACUUUGUCAAUGCAUCGCUGCAAGAGGUAGUCUUUGCAAGCACGUCGGGGACGCUGGUGCCCUGCCCGGCUGCAGGCAUCCCUCCUGUGACUCUCAGAUGGUACCUAGCAACGGGCGAGGAGAUCUACGAUGUCCCCGGGAUCCGCCACGUCCAUCCCAACGGCACUCUCCAAAUUUUCCCCUUCCCUCCUUCAAGCUUCAGCACCUUAAUCCAUGAUAAUACUUACUAUUGCACAGCUGAAAACCCUUCAGGGAAAAUUAGAAGUCAGGAUGUCCACAUCAAGGCUGUUUUACGGGAGCCCUAUACAGUCCGUGUGGAGGACCAGAAAACCAUGAGAGGCAAUGUCGCGGUGUUCAAGUGCAUUAUCCCCUCCUCGGUGGAGGCGUACGUCACUGUCGUCUCAUGGGAGAAAGACACGGUUUCACUUGUCUCAGGAUCUAGAUUUCUCAUCACAUCCACGGGAGCCUUGUAUAUUAAAGAUGUACAGAACGAAGACGGGCUGUACAACUACCGCUGUAUCACGCGGCACAGAUACACAGGGGAGACGAGACAAAGUAACAGCGCGAGACUGUUCGUAUCAGACCCAGCGAACUCAGCCCCAUCCAUCCUGGAUGGGUUUGACCACCGCAAAGCCAUGGCGGGGCAGCGUGUGGAGCUGCCCUGCAAAGCGCUUGGGCACCCCGAGCCAGACUACCGCUGGCUGAAGGACAACAUGCCCCUGGAACUUUCUGGGAGGUUCCAGAAGACAGUGACGGGACUGCUCAUCGAGAACAGCCGCCCCUCGGACUCAGGCAGCUACGUGUGUGAAGUAUCCAACAGAUACGGCACUGCCAAGGUGAUAGGCCGCCUGUACGUGAAACAGCCUCUGAAAGCCACCAUCAGUCCCAGGAAGGUUAAAAGCAGCGUGGGCAGCCAGGUCUCUUUGUCCUGCAGCGUGACAGGAAAUGAGGACCAGGAACUCUCCUGGUACCGAAAUGGCGAAAUCCUCAAUCCUGGGAAAAACGUGAGGAUCACAGGGCUGAACCACGCAAACCUUAUAAUGGAUCACAUGGUCAAGAGUGACGGGGGUGCCUACCAGUGCUUUGUGCGCAACGACAAGCUGUCUGCUCAAGACUAUGUCCAGGUGGUCCUUGAAGACGGAACUCCCAAAAUCAUUUCUGCCUUUAGCGAGAAAGUGGUGAGCCCUGCAGAGCCAGUGUCCCUCGUGUGCAAUGUGAAGGGAACGCCCUUGCCCACGGUCACUUGGACCCUGGAUGAUGACCCCAUCCUCAAGGGCAGCGGCCACCGCAUCAGCCAAAUGAUCACAUCUGAGGGGAAUGUGGUCAGCUACCUGAACAUCUCCAGCUCCCAGGUCCGGGACGGGGGCGUCUACCGCUGCACCGCCAACAACUCGGCCGGAGUCGUCCUGUACCAGGCUCGAAUAAACGUAAGAGGGCCUGCAAGCAUCAGACCGAUGAAAAACAUCACUGCAAUAGCAGGGCGGGACACAUACAUCCACUGCCGCGUGAUUGGCUACCCUUAUUACUCCAUCAAGUGGUACAAGAACGCUAAUCUGCUUCCUUUCAACCACCGCCAGGUGGCAUUUGAGAACAACGGGACUCUGAAACUCUCAGAUGUCCAGAAAGAAGUGGACGAGGGGGAGUACACCUGUAAUGUGCUGGUACAGCCACAGCUCUCCACGAGCCAGAGUGUCCACGUGACCGUGAAAGUUCCACCUUUCAUCCAACCUUUUGAGUUCCCAAGAUUCUCCAUCGGGCAGAGGGUCUUCAUCCCGUGUGUGGUGGUCUCCGGGGACUUACCCAUCACCAUCACCUGGCAGAAGGAUGGCCGGCCGAUCCCGGCAAGCCUCGGGGUGACCAUUGACAACAUCGACUUCACCAGCUCCCUGAGGAUCUCCAAUCUCUCCCUGAUGCACAAUGGGAAUUACACCUGCAUUGCCCGGAACGAGGCGGCGGCCGUGGAACACCAGAGUCAGCUGAUUGUGAGAGUUCCUCCCAAGUUUGUGGUGCAACCCCGGGACCAGGAUGGGAUCUAUGGCAAAGCAGUGAUUCUCAAUUGCUCUGCAGAAGGUUAUCCUGUGCCUACAAUUGUGUGGAAGUUCUCAAAAGGUGCUGGGGUCCCCCAGUUCCAGCCAAUUGCCCUGAAUGGCAGAAUCCAGGUCCUGAGUAAUGGCUCACUCUUGAUCAAGCACGUUGUGGAAGAAGACAGUGGCUACUACCUCUGCAAGGUCAGCAACGAUGUGGGCGCGGACGUCAGCAAGUCCAUGUACCUCACAGUGAAAAUUCCUGCUAUGAUAACCUCUUAUCCCAACACUACCCUGGCCACUCAGGGUCAAAAGAAGGAGAUGAGCUGCACAGCACAUGGCGAGAAACCCAUCAUUGUCCGCUGGGAGAAAGAGGACAGGAUCAUUAACCCCGAAAUGGCCCGUUACCUGGUGUCCACCAAGGAGGUGGGAGAGGAGGUGAUCUCUACUCUGCAGAUUCUUCCAACAGUGAGAGAGGAUUCUGGUUUCUUCUCCUGCCAUGCUAUCAAUUCUUAUGGGGAGGACCGCGGAAUAAUUCAGCUCACAGUGCAAGAACCCCCAGAUCCUCCCGAGAUUGAGAUCAAAGAUGUCAAAGCACGCACAAUCACACUCAGGUGGACCAUGGGGUUUGACGGCAACAGCCCCAUCACAGGCUAUGACAUCGAAUGCAAGAAUAAAUCAGACUCCUGGGAUUCUGCUCAAAGAACCAAAGAUGUUUCCCCUCAGCUGAACUCGGCCACCAUCAUUGAUAUCCACCCUUCCUCCACCUACAGCAUCCGCAUGUACGCCAAGAACCGGAUUGGCAAGAGUGAGCCCAGCAACGAGAUCACCAUCACGGCGGAUGAGGCAGCUCCUGAUGGUCCACCUCAGGAAGUUCACCUGGAGCCCACGUCAUCUCAGAGCAUCAGGGUUACCUGGAAGGCUCCCAAGAAACAUUUACAAAAUGGGAUCAUACGUGGCUACCAAAUAGGCUACCGGGAGUACAGCACAGGAGGCAACUUCCAGUUCAAUAUUAUCAGUAUUGACACCACCGGGGACAGUGAGGUGUAUACCCUGGACAACCUGAACAAGUUCACCCAGUAUGGCCUGGUGGUGCAGGCCUGCAACCGGGCUGGCACAGGACCUUCUUCUCAGGAGAUAAUCGCUACCACCCUGGAGGAUGUGCCCAGUUACCCUCCCGAAAAUGUCCAAGCCAUAGCAACAUCACCAGAGAGCAUAUCAAUCUCCUGGUCCACGUUGUCCAAGGAGGCCUUGAAUGGGAUUCUCCAGGGGUUCAGGGUCAUCUACUGGGCCAACCUCAUGGACGGAGAGCUGGGCGAGAUUAAGAAUGUUACCACCACUCAGCCUUCCUUGGAGUUGGAUGGACUGGAGAAGUACACCAACUACAGUAUCCAGGUGCUGGCCUUCACCCGUGCAGGGGAUGGCGUCCGCAGUGAGCAGAUCUUCACCCGCACCAAAGAGGAUGUUCCAGGUCCUCCGGCUGGCGUCAAGGCAGCAGCAGCCUCAGCCUCCAUGGUCUUCGUGUCCUGGCUGCCCCCGCUCAAGCUGAACGGCAUCAUCCGGAAGUACACCGUAUUCUGCUCCCACCCCUACCCCACGGUCAUCAGCGAGUUCGAAGCCUCCCCUGACUCGUUCUCCUACAGAAUUCCUAACCUGAGUCGGAAUCGACAAUACAGUGUCUGGGUGGUGGCGGUGACGUCAGCCGGACGAGGCAACAGCAGUGAGAUCAUCACUGUCGAGCCCCUGGCUAAAGCUCCUGCACGGAUCCUCACCUUCAGUGGGACGGUGACUACUCCAUGGAUGAAGGACAUCGUCUUGCCCUGUAAAGCUGUUGGAGACCCCUCACCUGCAGUAAAGUGGAUGAAAGACAGUAACGGGACACCCAGCCUGGUGACGAUUGACGGCCGUAGGAGCAUCUUCAGCAACGGAAGCUUCAUCAUUCGCACAGUGAAGGCAGAGGACUCGGGCUAUUACAGCUGUGUCGCCAAUAACAACUGGGGAUCAGAUGAGAUCAUCCUAAAUUUGCAAGUUCAAGUUCCACCAGAUCAGCCUCGGCUCACUGUAUCCAAAACGACGUCUUCCUCCAUCACCCUCUCCUGGCUCCCUGGAGACAAUGGGGGUAGCUCCAUCAGAGGCUACAUCCUUCAGUAUUCCGAGGACAACAGCGAGCAGUGGGGUAGCUUUCCCAUCAGCCCCAGUGAGCGUUCCUACCGCCUGGAAAACCUCAAGUGUGGCACGUGGUAUAAGUUCACUCUUACUGCCCAAAAUGGAGUGGGACCAGGCCGCAUCAGCGAAAUCAUUGAAGCGAAAACUCUGGGAAAAGAACCCCAGUUCUCCAAGGAGCAAGAACUCUUUGCCAGCAUCAACACCACCCGGGUGAGGCUGAAUCUGAUUGGCUGGAACGACGGGGGCUGCCCUAUCACCUCCUUCACUCUGGAGUACAGACCCUUCGGGACCACAGUCUGGACCACGGCUCAGAGGACCUCCCUCUCCAAGUCCUACAUCCUGUACGACCUGCAAGAGGCCACGUGGUACCAGCUGCAGAUGCGGGUGUGCAACAGUGCCGGCUGCGCCGAGAAGCAAGCCAACUUCGCCACGCUGAACUACGAUGGCAGUACAAUCCCUCCACUCAUUAAGUCAGUUGUCCAGAGCGAAGAAGGGCUGACCACCAAUGAAGGGCUCAAGAUCCUAGUGACCAUCUCCUGCAUCCUGAUCGGCGUGCUGCUGCUCUUCGUGCUGCUGCUGGUGGUGCGGCGGAGACGGCGGGAACAGAGGCUGAAGCGGCUGAGAGAUGCAAAGAGCUUGGCUGAAAUGCUCAUGAGUAAGAACACACGGACUUCAGACACCCUAAGCAAGCAGCAGCAGACCCUGCGAAUGCACAUCGAUAUACCCAGGGCCCAGCUUUUGAUUGAAGAGAGAGAUACAAUGGAGACCAUAGAUGACCGCUCCACCGUCCUGCUGACGGAUGCUGACUUCGGAGAGGCAGCUAAACAGAAGUCACUGACAGUAACUCACACGGUGCAUUAUCAAUCAGUAUCUCAGGCCACCGGGCCCCUAGUGGACGUUUCAGAUGCUCGGCCAGGAACGAAUCCCACCACCAGGAGGAAUGCGAAAGCUGGACCGACAGCGAGAAACCGGUACGCCAGCCAGUGGACACUCAACAGACCCCACCCUACCAUCUCAGCACACACCCUCACCACGGACUGGAGACUGCCCACACCCAGGGCUACAGGAUCCGUGGACAAGGAGAGUGACAGCUACAGUGUCAGCCCUUCACAAGACACAGACCGAGCCAGGAGCAGCAUGGUCUCCACAGAAAGUGCCUCCUCUACCUACGAAGAACUGGCCAGGGCCUAUGAACAUGCCAAGAUGGAAGAACAGCUGAGGCAUGCCAAGUUCACCAUCACAGAGUGUUUCAUAUCCGACACGUCCUCCGAGCAGUUGACGGCAGGGACAAACGAGUACACGGACAGUCUGACCUCCAGUACCCCUUCCGAAUCGGGGAUCUGCAGAUUCACUGCGUCUCCCCCGAAACCUCAGGAUGGAGGCCGAGUGAUGAACAUGGCGGUUCCAAAGGCCCAUCGGCCAGGUGACCUCAUCCACCUGCCUCCAUACCUUCGAAUGGACUUCUUGUUAAACCGGGGGGCACCAGGCACCAGCAGGGACCUGAGUUUAGGACAAGCGUGCUUGGAACCCCAGAAAAGUCGGACCCUGAAGCGCCCCACGGUCCUUGAGCCCACCCCUAUGGAGGCUUCCUCCUCCACCUCUUCCACAAGAGAAGGACAGCAGUCGUGGCAACAAGGGGCCGUGGCCACCUUACCUCAGCGAGAGGGCGCAGAGCUGGGACAGGCAGCUAAAAUGAGCAGCUCCCAGGAAUCACUGCUGGACUCUCGAGGCCAUUUAAAAGGAAACAAUCCCUACGCAAAAUCUUACACCCUGGUAUAACACACGGCGUGGCUGGACAGCGGUUGUAAAUACAAUUUAAACGAUCCAAUCAAAGCUACCUUUUUUUUACGGAAUUCCAAUAUUUAUAAUUAAAGAAAAUUGCCAAAAUAUAUUAAAAAAAAAAAGAAAGAAAAUACUGAAACCACAGACAGUGCAAAGACUACUCUGCUUUUCUUCCGUCUGAGUGUGGGCUCCAUCUGCCUGGGCAUCUGAUUUUUGGGGAAAGAAGUCCAGUUUUAUGAUUUUCACAGGCUAUAGCAUUUUUACUGAUUUUCUACAAAGUGCAUGGGGACUCGUUAAACCUUCUGAACAGAAGUUCUAGCACACAGGAGUCAAGAAAGGAAAUGGGGGGAAAUUAGCCUAUUUGUGAAUCGAAGAGGAACGUUGCUCUGGGGGCAGGGGAAGCUUCCGUCACCUGUGCACACCUUUCCUUCCCACUAGGAACCAGGUCCUCGGUUUGAUUUUCUGUUGUGAAUUAGGAUGAGUGCUGUCAGUGAGGGGGUGGGGGGAAACCCAUUCGGUCUUCUUUUCUGUUUAUUUUUUAAUUUGAUGAGACACUCUUUGCAUUUUGUCUAAAUGAAAUAAAAGAGAAAAGGUGGUCUGCCUUUAUUUGCAUGUCUACUGAUACCUCCUAUCCAUGGCUCGGGCCUCCUUCCUGCUCAUACUGUUUGUGAACAAAAUGACUGGACCCAGUGCCCAAUCUAGGAAAACGGAUGCAAAAGCUCUGAGCAGAAGACAUGGCGUCAGCUCUGCAGCUGGAAAACAAAUGAAAGGCAGCCUGGUCUCCAUCCAGUAUUCUAAGCCCCUCGCAGGACUCAGGUCCUUGUCCCGUGCAGGGCCUGCUGCCAAACUCAUCAGGGUCAGCAGACCAUCUCCAAAUCCAGCGCACUGCUCUUUGUCAAUAAAGUUUUAUUGGAAGAAGUCCAAGGGCCCUUCACUCCAUUUGCAUUAUCUGUGGUUGCUUUUGUACUGUGAUGUCAAGUUGAGUAACAAUAUGGCUAUGGCACACUAAGCCCAGAGUAUUCUCUGGCUCUUCACAAGAGAUGCUUGCUCACCCCUUAAGUUCCUCAUUUUAGCCCUGACUUGUGAGAGAAAAAAGUGAUGUUGUGUCUCACCUCCCUUUCCCUGCCCUGUCCCCACUGUGACUGACAGGUUCACGGUAGACCGUCUUCAGAUGUGACUCCUCCAACCCUCUCCUUGGCACCCACAGGAAUAUCAGCCCCUAUAUGGUGUUCCUCCAAAUUCUGUAUUUCUUUUCCUUUCUCUCUGUCCAAAUGCCUUGUCAUAGGGCUUACGCAAACAGAGAGCCUACUCACAAAUGGGAGGUACCAUACCCCACAUCCCUUGACUCUUACACAGUGUGCCUUAGAAGAGCCUGCCAUUCUCUGAGGCAGCCAAACCCCAUUUCAGAUGCCACCCUAACAGGCAAGGAGAACCAGGUCUUCACAUUAGAAUUUUGGCAUUGACUGGAAAAAAAAAAAAACUGACCCCACGUCCACAGCUUCCAACUUCCCAGUAAUGCCUCACACAAGUUCCUUCUCAGACCUUCUUAAUGCGACCCCAUGGAAUCCAUCAGCAAAAGCUGGUGUGGUGAUUGCUAUCUGGAACUAGA